AUGCAGAGAGCAGGUUCCUCCAAUGCAAGCCCCAAGAUUAGAAAUGACUCUCAACGUCCAGUGUCCCGCUUCUCCAGUGUGACUUCUGCCACUCCGGCUAAAAGAAUCACUUUCUUCAAGAGCGGAGACACCCAGUUCAGCGGUGUCAGGAUGGCAAUUCAUAAGAGAAGCUUCAAAUGCUUUGAUGCCUUGUUGGAUGACCUCUCGCAGAAGGUGCCUUUGCCGUUUGGUGUGCGGACCAUCACCACACCCAGAGGCACUCACUCCAUUCAGCGCCUGGAGCAGUUAGAGGAUGGAGGAUGCUACCUUUGCUCUGAUCGCCACUAUGUUAGGCCAAUCGAUGUGGAGGCUGCAGGGAAAAGACCUGCUGUCUGGCACCACAGCCACCCACAUAAUUCCCGGAAAAAGCCCUCCCGACCUGAGGAACCCCCCACAGGUCAUUCUGGCCAGCACUACCAUCGGCAUCCAAAGAGGAUUGUGCUAGUGAAGAACAGUGACCCUGCAGUAAGAAGGUCCAUCAUCUUAAGUAGAAGGACAGCUCGUAGCCUCCGCGUGUUCAUGGACGAGAUUUCAGAGCUCAUGCAAUGCCAUGUCAGGAAACUAUACACCCUGGACGGACGGAAGAUUGACAGUAUUCAGAGUCUGAUGCAGUGCCCCAGUGUGCUUGUAUGUGUGGGCCGGGAAUCCUUCAAGCCCCUACUGCUGGAGAACCUGAGAAAACACUCGGAAGAGAAGUUGCCUGGGAUGGGCACAAGGUCCCACUCCAGUGUUUGCAGUGAGGGCCAUGAGAGCAAGAAGAAUGUGAACUUUGGUUUGGAGACCAAGAAAAGCAUCAUCCAUCCAAGAUCAGAUUCAAGUAACAGAUCUACAAGGUUCUCCCUGUCCUCAGAAAAAUCAUACACAAAUGGAUUAUGCAUGACACCAGGACAGUCUGGUUGCAUUAGCACCUGCCCCUACACAAAGGACGUCAUACUGAAUGAUGAUAUUGAAAAAAGGGUCCUCGUUAACAAAGAUGGCAGCCUAUCCGUGGAGAUGAAAGUUCGUUUCCGACUAGUUAAUGAUGAAACUCUUCAGUGGUCCACUGAAAUCAAGAAGUCGGCAACAACCUCAAACGAAAGUAGUUCUGUAAAGGAGGGAGAGGCUCAUUAUCUUCAAGGCAAAUCUGAAAACUCUGACCCAGAGUCCAACUCUGCAUGUGAGGCUGAGGAGACCUGUGCUCCAAAGCUCCAUCAAAAGCUUGUUGAAGAAUCACACUGUCAGAAUUGCUGCAACCACUGCCAAGAGUAUGACAUUUGGAAAAACCCAAUGCACAAGGACAGUCGAGACAACGGAGGCAGGAAGUCAUCAAGUUCUAGUGCAUCGUCUCACACAAUCAUGCACAAAAAGGCAUCUGUGGAUAGUGUACGCACAAUCUCCAGGUCUAGCGAGGAGUACACUGAGCAUGUAGUAGAGAAGGCGUCAUGUUUUCAACAGACUGUUGAGGAAGGAGACACUAGGGUUGAAUAUUGUUCAAUAAGUCGCUGUUGCAGCCGCAGUGAGAUAUCAGGUACAGCCUCAAAAUUAAAGAGUAGGAGACCCAAUGAGGACACGCAUGAGACCAGUAUUGUAAAUGUAUGUCACCAUAAUGGUGACAAAAAGAUAAAUGCUGCAUUUGAAAACACAUUUAGUGAUCUGGGUGCUUUUGAAGUCCCAAAAGCAACAGAGGAUCGUCCAAUUUCUGCCGUCAGCAAUUCAUCCAAAGUGCUUGAGUCUCUCAAAGAGGAUCAGGAUGAUGAUUAUGAUGACCUUCCUCCAAGUGCAUCAAGAGCAUCUGAAUGGUCUCAGAGUGACAAUAUUGACCAUGAACACCACUUCACAUGUGUACACUGCUAUGGUGGUGAAGCUUCACCAAAUUUCCAUUUAUCCCCCAGACCACCCAGCAAGGUCUCCGGCUGCUCUGCUCAUUCAUCAAAGCACAAGAAAUACAGGAGUAUGUAUCGAACCCCUGACAGUGCCACUUCUUCAGUUUCCCCAAGGCCUCCCUGCCAAUGUGGAGUAGCAACACCAGGCUCAAUUGCAUCCGACAUGCAGAGUGGUUUAGAUGAAAGAAUUCCGAUUACAUCUAAGAGUAGCACUGUGUCUAAUAAAUCUAAAGCAAGAACAAAUUCCCCAAGUGCAGCAGUAUUAGAUAUACAAGGUGCUCAGGUAUGUGGGGAGGGAACAGAGAGUGAGGAUGGAUCUAGAAGUGCCAUGUCAGCAAAUGCUAGUGUCUCAGGAAAAUCUAGGAAUUCCACUGUAUGCCCUUAUUGCAGUGGAUGUGAAAAAUCAAUCACACCUGUAUCAAGACUAUCGGAAAAUACUCAGGAUAUAAAAGCUCAGGAUGCUGACAAAGAUGCUGAGGUUAAGUCCUUUCGAGGCCGAUCAUCUAAGUCUCACAGAUCUGAAAGAUCAAACAAAUGUACACAAGGAGCUUCUCCCGUUUCCAAUGUCACUGAGAAUGGUGAACCUGUCCCCUAUAAUCUAGUAGAGGCAGAGGACAUACAAGGUCGCUCUGAAAGUGUAUUGUCUGGUUUAUCCCAUCCUUCUGCUACUUCAAAAAAAUCUAAUAAAUCAAACCGGACAGCAUGUGGGAGGUCCUCUGUUGUGGAAUCCAUGGUUUCUGAACCUGCUAAAGUGGAGGAUGUAGAAGAAAGAACCAAAAGUGCCAUGUCAGUGAAAUCAAAUGCAUCUGCAAAGUCAAACACAAACAGUGUCAUACCAGAAGUAUCAACAACUUUAGGACAGGAUGAUCAAAAAGCUGAAGAAAUUAGCCAAGAUGAUAGAGCAGUCAGUCCACUGUCACACAAAUCUAACAGAUCAUCUAAGUCCAGGUCUUCAAACAGAUCACAUUGUUCAAAGACAAUGAUAAUACCUGAAUGUAAUAACAAUUAUUUAAGAAAAACACCCCAGGUCAAAGAGUCAGAAAGAGGAGACAGUCCUAUAUCAACUGAAUCAGCUAGUCAUGGACAAGAACCAGAGAUAAUUCAGGAACCGAGAGUGGAUAAUGCCAUGUCAAUGACAUCAAAUUCCUCCUCCAAGCGUCCAUCCAGUGUUUUGGGAACAUCAGGGAUGUCUGCCAAGUCCCAAGAUGAGACGGUGGAGAAAGGUGCUUCUCCAGUACCUACUACACCAGAAACAAAGCUUGACGAAGAUCCAGGGAUAUCCACGCAGGAGAGAGCAGCUAGUGCAAUGUCAAAUACCUCCAAAACAUCUAAGAAGUCAAACGCAUCCUCAAGAAAUUUGGGGUUGGUUCAGGAAAAUGAAAAAUGCACCAAAUUAAAUGAAGCAGAGAAUGCUGCUGUUCAAGCUUCUGACAUGGAGUCUGUAGAGAGAGUACCUAGUACAACAUCAGCUAAAACACACUCUUCCACAGGAUCUCGUAGGUCUCACAAAUCAGACAACAACAUUCAAGACACUGAAACUACCUCACAACCUAGAGCUACGAGCCCGGUUACGGAGAACGCUAACGAAGGUAUAGAUUCAGAGAGGCCAUCAAGUGCGAUCUCUAAGAGCUCCAAAGUUUCAGUGAAGUCAGAUGCAUGCUCUGAGAGAAUUUCAAAAUCAGCAUUGAAGCCCACAGGACAAGCAAAAGAGGACAUAAAGGGUUGUGCACAAAAUACCUUAACAGUGAGUUCUCCAUCACCCAAGAAGAACAAAAGAGUUCCAGUAUUAGGCAUGCCAAAAUCACCUGUUCCUACUGGGAGCAAUGAAAGGGCACCGAGUGGAAUAUCUGUGAAUUCUAGAGCAUCUUCAAAAUCAACAAGUUCCAAAACGUGUCACUGCUCCUCAAACAGUAAUGGAAGAGAGGCAAACUCUAAGAAACCUCCAGUUAAUGAUGAAUGUGUACAGAGAGUAGGAAGCAUUCUCUCUGGAAAAUCUAAAUCGGCAAAAUCUCCCACUCCCUCUCCAUAUGGCCAGUCAGAUGAACCACUGAGUCCAACAUCAACAGCCUCUGUCUCUCUCGGACUUUGUGAGGAAGAGAAAUCUGAUGACCUCAAUGAAAGAUCCAUGAGCAGCAUGUCACAAACCCUACAGGAGGGUGAAGGUCCAUUAGAAAGGUCUACACCUGAACUAGCUGUGUCAGGUAAUGCUGCUGACAGCAGUGAAACCAAGGAGAGGGUCAAAACAGCUGUAACUAUGAGUUCUGCAGUUUCAAAGAAUUCACAAAGGUCUUCCAUUUCACAAGAGCUACACAAGAGUCCUGAACGAGCUAUCUCACCUGCUUCUGUAGGAAAACCCGAAAGUGUUAAAUCAACUAAAUCAAAGGCAGAAAGCAAGGCAGGGAGCCAGUUAGAUGAUGGCAAUCGUAGAGUGCCCUCUGCAUUGUCAUCAUGCAGAAAUACACACUGUAAGGCCUCACAACCUCAAGCAGUUUCUGAAAACAAUAAUAUUGAUGAGAGUCAAAUAGACAAAGCUUCGGCAACAUCUGGACGUUCUUCAAAAUGUAGUAAAAACAAAACAGCCUCUGGCAAAGCUGUGCCCUAUGAAACUACUAAGUCUAAGGAUCAGGGACCUGAAAAAAUUAAGAAAACUUCCUCCUCAAACCUUAAAAUAAAAGGAAGCAAGAUAAUAUCUGAUUGUAACAGUGAAGCCAGUAGUGUUAAGUCUCUUAAAAACUCCAAGUCAGAUAACAGCCUUGAUGACAAAGAGAAGCAGACAUUGAGCACUUCAGUCAUGUCUGAUAUACCUCAAAACUGUAGAGAUCCUUCAGAUGAAAUGCCAAACAAAAAUGUGAUGCCAGUAAUACAUCUUGAUUCCUCAAGUGACAGUGUUUUGUCUCACACUCUCUCAGCAGCAGAUCUAUUAAGGGAGAAGGUUGGCAAUGCAAGACCAGUUAGCAGAGGAUCAAAUACGUCAGGGAAAAACUGUGACCUUGAAGAGCUGAUGAAUACUGGCAGUAAAUGUGAAAAGAGGAGCACAUCUAAACAAAGGAAACUAAGCACUUCAUCACACAACAAAAGUAAGGAUCAGGGUAUAGAACUGAUGCCAUCUAGUUUACCUAAUGCAUCUCCUGCAGAGGUUAUAAAUGACUGGCUUAAAAAUAUACCAAUUGAUGGCCCUAUGUAUGAAAUGGAAGAUGAAUUUAAUGAGGAACACAAUGAAGCAGUCCCUCAGAUAGUUACUGUAAAUGAAGAAGACGAGGAAAGCUCACAAAAGGAAAUAGGAGAAAUAUCUGAAAAUGUAAUGGAAAUGAAUGAUUCUCAGGAAAUUGAGUGGGCUGAAGGCGGGGGUCCUAUUAAGGGGGACAACAGUGUCAUCUGUAAUGAAACACGGGCUUGCAGUGAGACAUCUGAAACUAAUGCAGCUAACACUGAUCCUUGUCCUCCACCAAAAUUUACCAAGAAAGAGUGUUUACCAAAACGCUGUCACUCCUCAGUGCAGGUCAUGAAGGUUCUGUUAAGGCCAAAACUGGACAGAUGCAAUAGUUUGCCUGAAGUUUCACCUGUAUAUGGCAGAAGAUUAAGCACAUCAGCCAAAGGACUACUAGACUGCCUUGCUAAUCUGCAGCUGAUUGACUCAGAUCCAAAAAACGGCAAAGAGGACAAAUAUAACGAAAUAAUAAGUAUCCUUCAGUCACUAUGGAUCAGUGAGCCCUCUGAAAGUGAGCAGGACAAGCAUAACAUAAAAGAUCAGUGCUCUGCUGAAGAUGAAUUUAACCCAAGGUCUUCAUCAGGUGUAGAUGUCAGUAGUGGCUCGAUAGGCAGCAUCAAUGGAGGAGUUGAAAAGCCAGAAACAGCAGGUAGAACAGCACCUGUUAUUGAACAGGAGGCUUUACAGGUUCAAGUAGACACUGUUAAGGAAGGCGAAUGUGACCCUUCAUCUGCUACACCAGAAAGUACAGAUACAUCACAUGUUUCUUCAGAUCCUCUAACUCCUGACAUUGCUGAGAGAGUGCGAUGCAGUCCAGAAGAUGAAAAACCAGAGGAGGAACUGCCAAUAGAUGAAGACUCUCAUGCCAGAGAGGAGGUCACUCAAAGCAAUGAAAAUCAAAAGGAAACUACUGAAGCAGAAUUUUCUAACAAGAGCUCUGAGAAUGACAGUAAUGGUUUGAAAGCACCUGCUGAUAAAGAAACAGAUUCACCAGAGAAUGCUAACUCAGGAAUGUCCACAUCUGCUCAGAGAGGUAUAUUAACUAGGAGAGUUUCACAAGACCCAGACCCCGUUUGGGUGCUAAGUUUGCUGAAAAAACUAGAAAAGCAGUUUAUGUCUCACUAUGCAAAUGCAGUGGCAGAGUUCAAAGUGAAGUGGGAUUUAGAUGACAGUGAGAUGCUUGAUAAAAUGAUCAGUGAACUGAAAGAAGAGGUUCAAAAAAGGAUACAAUCCAGUAUAAAUCGUGAACUCCAGAAAAUCCAAAGUCGAGCUGGUAGACCACCGAGACCACCUAUAAGUGCUCUGUCUAGGGAUUCCACAGUUCAAACUGAACAGCGGCGAAGACGGCUGAAAGUUAUGCGGGACAAAUCGAUCAAUCCCUCCUUAUCACAAAGUGAAGACAUGAACACUGCCUCAGGUACUGAGUUCAGUGACCAGCGCAGUGAGGAUGAGUACUGUCCAUGUGAUACAUGCUUGAAAAAGAAGAUGGCAUCUAGAGCUGUUCAGCGUGCUGAAGCUCUGAGCUUGGCUCCAGUCCUGAAGGACUUUGAUCUUAAGAAAAUCUUGCAAAGAAAGAAGGAUCCUCCUGCUACUAUGGCAACUGAGUCACCGCAAGAAGGACAAAAAAAUCUCAAAGAAGCUACCAACUGCAGCAAUGUUCAAAACAAUUUGGAUGUGGUUCAUGAGGAGUCAGAAGUACAUCAUGAUGUAAAGGGUCAGACAGAUGAGGAUAUAGUGGAGGUAGAAGGUACUGCUGAUGCAACUCAAAACUCAAAAGAUGAAAACUCAGAAGAGGAUGCAACUCUGGCCUCUAAGAAUCAGGAUGUAGACGCGGGGUUAGUUAAUGAUGGAGGACUGGGAGUGGAGGAGGGAUUAUAUGAUGAUGGAAAUAAAGCAGAAGAGGAAAAUUCAGCAGAAGAUGGUAAGAUUGAGAAGGGGGAAGACAGAGCAGAGGAGGGAGAAACUGAAAUAGAAAGAGUUGAAGAGCAGAAUGUCCAGGAAGAAAAGGAAACAGAUGACAAGGGGGAGGAAGAAGAGAACAAAGAGGCUUCUGUAUCUGUUGAUGGAGAUGCAGAAGAUGCAGACAAUAGAGAGGCAGCAAAGGAAGAGGACCAACCUGAGAAGGAAGCUGCAGAAAUGGAAGAAAUGGGAAAUAGUGAGCAUGGGGAUGAAGGGAAAACAGCUAUAGAAGGAGAAACAGGAGAAGAAGCAAAGACAGCCGAAGAAGAAGAAGUAGAGGAUAUUGAAGAGAAAAUAGAAACAGCAGAGGAGGGUGAAGUGACAGAGGAUGAAACGGGAGAGGAAACAGAAUCACCCCAUGAAUCAGGAGAACUUGAGAAUGUAGAAGAAGCUGAGAAUAAAACGGCUGAAACCACUGAAGGUGACGCAAAAGAUGAAGGUGAUACCACAAAUAUGGAUGAGGGUGGGGGACCUGAUGAGGAUGAUGGGGAAGGGAACUAUGGUGCAUCUUCUCAGGCAGAAGCUGAGGCUAAGGACGAGGCAGAUGAGGAUCAGGCUGAGACAAACCCUGACCAGGCUAAGACCGAACAAGAAGAGCAGCAGGUACCUUCACUGACAGCCUCUGAGGAGGUGGAUGUGCAGGCAGAAGGGGAAGACUGCGGGUCUGAUGAAAAGCAUCAGAAUGACACAGAAGCCAAAAGUACUGAUGAAGCAGAGAACGAAGACAGCGAAAAGGGGGCUGAAAACAAAAAUGAGAGUUCUACUGAGGGUCUUACUGAGCAGUUCAAUUCUGAUGGCACUGAGGCAGACGCAUCAGGCCAAGCCUGUGGUGAGGAUUCUGGCCACAGACUAAUUAAACAAAUAACAAAAACAUCAGUAGAAUCCCAGCCAGGAUCAAUGGAAAAUGCCACAGAUCAGAAAGUACGAGCGAAACUAAAGGAUAUUUGUAGUUUUAUGGAAAGCUCGGAGAGCCAAGAAGACAGCAUAGUUGUGAUUACCAAACAGUCUCCUUUCACAGAGAGAAGAAAUGUGUCUAGUAGGACUGGCAACAAAGAGGAAGUAGGGAACGAGGUGAUCGAAUGGCAAGUUUCACCUAAGAGGAGGAACAGAUCUCCAGCAAGGGCCAAUAAACAAAGGAGGCCAAAAGACAGUGAUGUUAAAGUGGACGAUCUAGAGUUUUGAUCUCUAAUUUGACAUUAAUU